CCCGCUCGCCUUCCCGGUCGCCCCGACCCCCGUGCCCGCCAUGAUCGAGGUGUCGGCGGCGCUGCUGCGGGGCGCGGUCUUCCUGGCCGGGGAGGCGCUGGAAUGCUUCGUCACGCUCCGCAACCCGCUCCCGCCCGACGCCACCUCCGCCUCCAGCGAAAUGCUAGCGUGGGCCAGUGCCCAGAUCCACUGUCAGCUGCAUGCCAGCGAGAGCCGGGUCACUGUGCCGCCUUCAGAUGACAGCGGGCACGAUGUCCAGGCGGAGAACGAGACCGUCUUUGUCCCCAACAGAGGGGAGCGGGGCCAGUGCGUCCUGUCUACGCCCCCAAAGAUCCUUUUCUGUGACUUGCGGCUGGACCCUGGCGAGUCCAAAACCUACUCCUACUGUGAAACGCUGCCAGUGGACGGGCCGCCCUCUUUCCGCGGACAGGCGGUCAAGUACGUGUACAAGCUGACCAUCGGCUGCCAGCGGGUCAACUCACCCAUCAAACUUCUGCGUGUCCCCUUCCGAGUGCUCGUGCUCCACGGGCUCAAAGACUAUCAGCUCCCCCAGGACGAGGCUGUGUCUCCCUCCAACCCUUUCCUGGAAGAAGAGGAGGGCUGCGUGAAGAAGGAUUCCCGGCUGGCAGACUUGGCCACGGAGCUACUGAUGGUGGCCACGUCCCGACGGAGCCUGCACUUGUACAACAUCAGCAAUUCCCGGGGCAAAGUGGGCACCUUCUGCGUCUUCAAGGCUGUCUACAAGCUUGGCGAGGACGUCGUGGGGACGUUCAACUUCUCCGAGGGGGACAUCCCGUGCCUGCAGUACCUGGUGAGCCUGCAGACGGAGGAGCGGGUCCAGGAGGCCUUCCAGCGCCGGCACGGGCAGCCUGCCUCCUACAGCACCCACGCCCGGCACCAGGAGUCCUGCCUGCACACUGCCCAGUCCAGCUUCAGCCUACCCAUACCUCUCAGCUCAGCCCCGGGGUUCAGCACCAACAUCGUGUCCCUCAAGUGGAGGCUGCACUUUGAGUUUGUGACCUCCCGAGAUGCUGCAGAGAUGCAGGCGGCCUCCGAGGGCCCGUCCGAAGCCGUGGUCUGGACCGGGGCAGAGCAGGUGCACGUGGACACCUUCAGCUGGGACUUGCCCAUCAAAGUGCUGCCCACCAACCCCCUCCUGGCCUCCUAUGUCGCCCAGUUCCCCAGCGCCAACUCACUCACCAUCUGAGCAGGGCGGCCCUGCUGCUCGGGGGCCUCUUGCGAGGGGUGGGCUGCAUGCUCCGGAGGGUGGGUGUGUCUGGCUUGAGCGGGGCGGGUGGGGUGUCCCCUCCUGCUCCUUGGCCCAGCCCCAGAGAGGCAGCCUCUUGGACUGUGCUGGGCCUGCCCAAAGCGGCCUUUGAGGCUCAUGACUCCAGAGGCGGGUGCAAGCCCAGCGUGGCUCGUCAGCCCUGCCAGGGACAGAAGACUGAACCCACCGCCCGUCCAUCUGUCGUUGUCAUCACCCACCCACCUUCCACGGUCUGGUGUGUCUGUUUCUCCCAUGGAGAAGGCUGCGUCCUUGCUGGGCCUCUGCCCACCCUCCCCAAGUGGCCCCCAUGUGUAGGGCAGAGGAGCCCAGGAAAUGCCCAGAGGCAUAGAGAGGCACACACCCUUGUGGAUGGAGGUGGGGGGAGGCCUCCCUUCCAUGUACCCCUCCUAGCUUCUCUCUCACCCCCCCCCCACUUUCCAAUGCUACAUUUUGUGUCUGUCAAUAAAAAUAUGCUUCCGGAGCAGCAAAGCA